GAAGUCCGUAAAGUAAGUGAGAGUAUCAAGUAUAACCACCCUUUGAGAAAAUGUGUUGAUACAAUACUGAAAAAGUGUCCUACUGAGUACCAGGAAAGAAUGGGUAGGAACAUGGAUGAUUAUGAAGACUUUGAUGAAAGACAGAACAGUUACCCAAGUGAAAAAAGCUUGGUCAAACUUCACAAGCAGGUAAUCUAUUCAGUACAGAGACAUCGACGUACACAGGUCCAGUGGCAAAUUCUUUUAGAGCAAGCGUUUUACCUAGAAGAUGUGGCAAAAAAUGAAACCAGUGCAACUCGACAGUUUGUCCAUACCUUUCAUUCCCAGGAACCAGAAAAUAAAAUUAUUCAGUAUUUCUACACACCAACUGUUGAAUGGUACUGGGAGUGUCUUCUACGACCAUGGUUUUACAGGGUGCUUGCAGUUGUUCUGGCCACAUUCUCUGUAAUUGUUGUGUGGUCAGAGUGCACAUUUUUCAGCACAAAACCAGUUUUAUCGUUAUUCGCAGUUUUCAUACAGCUGGCAGAAAAGACAUAUAAUUACAUAUACAUAGAGAUGGCCUGUUUUCUUACCAUCUUUUUCCUAAGUAUCUGUGUUUACUCUACUGUCUUCAGGAUCCGUGUAUUUAACUAUUAUUACUUAGCUUCACAUCAUCAGACAGAUGCAUACAGUCUCCUUUUCAGUGGCAUGUUAUUUUGCCGUCUUACUCCACCAUUAUGCUUGAACUUUUUGGGCUUGACCCAUAUGGAUGCAACAAUCUCUCACAAAAACACUCAGCCAACUGCUUAUACAUCUAUAAUGGGAUCCAUGAAAGUGCUGUCCUUCAUUGCAGAUGGAUUCUAUAUAUAUUACCCAAUGCUUGUCGUCAUUCUCUGUAUUGCAACAUACUUUAGUUUAGGAACUCGUUGUUUGAAUCUUUUGGGAUUCCAGCAGUUCAUGGGGGAUAGUGAAAUGACCUCUGAUUUGAUUGAUGAAGGAAAAGAGCUAAUCAAAAGAGAGAAACGAAAACGACAAAGGCAGGAAGAAGGUGAAAACAGAAGAAGGGAGUGGAAAGAGCGUUAUGGAAAUAGAGACGAUUCCACUAGAAACAGAGUUGUUCACACAGACCAAAAAGAAUCCAGCUUCUCAGAGACCAAUACCAGUAGACCACUAUCAAAGUAUACCCGAUCAAAUGGUAGGACUGAAAGAGAUAGAAUAGAACUCCUCCAGGAUGCAGAACCUUUGGAUUUUAACGCAGACACAAUUAGUGAUGACCCCCUUGAAUUGGACUCAGGAAGGUACCAGCCUGGUGGAAGAUACCUGUCCAUGUCUCGAAGCCAAAUGUUUGAUGAUGUCUAA